CAUUAUGAGGACAGGGGACUGUGAUGGUGGCCAGGCUGUGGAAUCUGGUGAGGCCAAAUGUCAGCACCUCAAUGAUGUCUUGUGACCCCACCUGGCAGCGUUCUGGUUUUCUGGAUGGCAGCAGAGGACAGGGAGAUGAUGGAAGCCCGGGGUGCGGGAGAAAGUGGCCCGACCUUCCCCAAGAUGGUGCCUGGUGACUCCAAGUCUGAAGGGAAGCCAAGGGCUUGUCUGGAGGCAGAGUCCCAGAAGCCAGACUCCUCCUAUGACUACUUGGAAGAGAUGGAAGCUUGUGAGGACGGAGGCUGCCAAGGGCCGCUUAAAUCGCUGUCCCCCAAGACCUGCCGUGCUACCAAAGGCCAGGCUGGCGACGGACCCAAACCCGCAGGGCUGCCCCCGGCCCCUGGGACUGAGCGCAAUCCCGAGAUGGAGCUGGAGAAGGUGCGCAUGGAGUUCGAGCUCACGCGGCUCAAGUACCUGCAUGAGGAGAACGAGCGGCAGCGGCAGCACGAGCUGGCGAUGGAGCAGCUGCAGCGGGAGCAGCUGCAGCGGGAGCGGCAGCACGAGGUGGUGAUGGAGCAGCUGCAGCAAGAGGCGGCGCCCCGCCUGUUUUCAGGAGGCCUCCAGAACUUCCUGCUGCCCCAGAACCAGUUUGCCAUGUUCCUGUACUGCUUCAUCUUCAUUCACAUCAUCUAUGUCACCAAGGAGAUGGUCUUCUUUCUCUUCACCAAGCACUACCUGUUCUGCAUCGCAGCCAUUUUGCUCUGUUUGAUUAAAACUUUCUGGUCAUACUUCCAAGUGCCUUUGCUCUCUCCCUCACUGGGAACCCUCGCCCCUGCCAUGCUAGAGUGUUAUCCGCCCAGCUCCCACUCCCUUCCUGAACUGCUGAGCCAGAAAGCCUUGAUGGGGUUGAAACCAUCAGAUGGAGCACAGCCGUAG